AUGGAGCUCCAAGUGCCCUUCGACCGCGCCCUCGCUCGUCUCACCGACCUCCAGGCCUUGUGCAACCUCUUCCCCGGACUCCAGGCCACGGAGCUUCCGCAGCUUCGGCCAGCCGCGCACUGCACGCGCCUGCGCCUGAAAGCCGGAAGCAGCGAGGUGACUGGAUGGCGCCGCAUCGAGCACAAGGAUCAACUCGCGCUGUGCCUCUUUGAGCCUGAGGCGGAUUCCAAACGAAGCGGCGGCUGGGGCUUCGCCGACCUGCUGGGCCUGCGGGAGGUGCGGUGCGGCUUUCUUCUGCAGAAACAGGGGCCUUCGAGCUGCGAGCUGCUCUGGCUGGUCAAGUUGGCGCGGAGCGGGUUCAUGCUGAAGUCGGCGCUGUCCAGCAUUUGCCCGGGGCCAUUGCGUCAGCUGGCACGUGGCCUAUCCAAGCCGAUGCCAGCGCAGGCCGAGGCGACGGACACAAAGACCGACGCAGGGAGCGGUUCGGAGACGGAGGACUCGGAUCCUUCAGACAGUGAGCCGAAGGAAGUGGGGUGCGAAGAGCUUUCCAAUCCGCAGAGCCAAAGCCCCCCUUCGCACGUUAGCUCUCCAAACGACGAACCAACUCCGGAGCUGGAUGAGGCCGCGCCUUGCUUCACAGCCCCGGGCGGAUCCGUCCCGAGGAUGGAAUUCAAGGGCCGGAGCAAGGUGUCGCAGUGGUUAAGGCGGAGACGCAAGUGGAAGGCUCGGGCCCUGCCCGCGACUCCCAUUGCGCACAGCUCGGACGCAGAUGCGCACUCGGACGCGGAUGUGGAGCCUGCCGUGCAGAAGGUGGAGAACCAGCGGGGCAUCACAGCACGCGCCAUCCCAUGCUUCAAGAGGCCACAAAGAGGUCUUGCCUUCGCCGCGUUUCCUUCGCCGCCCGGUUCGACUACCCCGGCGAGCCCGUCGCGGAAGAUGCGGAAAGCCAAGAGACGGGCCAAGCAGCCCGAGGUGACAGCAGAAGCAGCUGCAGCUAUUGCAGGUCUGGCAGAUUGGCUUCUCGAGCUCCAGGGUUCCAUCGAUCGGAUUGACCUCGCGGCCUUCUUCGGGCACCGCGCCCCAGCGCUGGCGGACCCGGGCCCCGCAAGUUCGGCGCUCGCCAAAACGAGGCCGAGAUGA